AUGGUACAACGAUGGAGUAUUGCGUCUUCUGCCUAUUCCUACGACAUCCAUCAUCGCAGUGCGCAGUCCAUUCCACACGCAGACUAUCUAUCACGCUACGCCAUUUCGGAGGAGGCUUCUACGGGUGAUUGUCUACUCACUCAACUGCUCCCUGUAAGCCGAUCUGAUCUAGUUCGCGAAACCAGGAAAUAUUACCACGCUAUCAUUUCCUGUGUCCGUCGAGGUUGGCGAGGUGAUAUCAAGCGUCGAUUUCCGGAAUUCUAUAAACGUCAUGAGGAGAUUCCUGUGACAUGUGACGGUGUCUUGUGCUACAACGAUCGCAUUAUCACAGCCUUCGAAAUGGACUCCGUGGCCAGUAUCUUCCGAGUCAUGGCAAAGAAUACAUGUGGAUUACUGCGAUUCAUUCUUCAACAUAUACUAAGCAUUGGUGAUCGUCGAUUCCUAUUCCCGUUGGCCACAACUCCCAGUUCAGAAUUUACUAUUCGAGCACUCAGUAAAACGUUCAGUAGAGAAGGUGUCCCGCAUGCUAUCGUGACUGAAGUCACGGAAGUCAUUUCACUGCCAAGAAAGUUACCGAUUGCUUGA